AUCAAAAUCACGAAUUGGCAAAUACAGCAGUGAAAACAUUGCGCGGCGUUUGCUUUUCGGGAAAGCGCAUUGGCUGAACAGAGGCGGUGAUUGACAGAUCGAGUCACGGGAUUCUCUAACUGUAUGUGUUCACACGGCGCCGAUUCAUUCAGAUCUCCACCAGCAAGUGAGCGGGAAACAUCGCACUUCACACUCCUUGCUUUUUAUUUAAUCCGUGAACAUUCAGCUUACAACAGACGAGCAGGACUCGUCUCGCCAACAGACCGAACCUUCUACUUUCAAUAGCUCUUGGCGAGUGCGCGAUACGCAUCACCAUAGCGCACGUGUUAAAAAAACGCGCCAACAAUAACGCGCUUUGAUUAUCUGUUCCUGCCGCAUAUCUCGACGAGGUCGGCUCCGACCUAAAAUCUAACCAAAACAAGUCCUUUGCUUACGUCUAGGACGCUUGAAAAAUAAGAAAUACUCACGCUGUAAUUUUAAAACGACAUGGAGGACAAAAAACAACCCGUUGUUCUUGUAAGUCACUCUCAAAUUGAAAACGGUAGCAUCCCGGUGCAGGCAUCCGAGAAAGCUGACACUACGCCAGAAGUUACCAAGACGAACGGCCAUGCCCCAGAAACGGCUUGUAUGAACUGCAACGCAGCACCGCCGCCAGAGACAACUGAAAACGUAACCAUUAUCAUCCCAGAAACACCAGACUCUAAAGACCCAGAGGAGAACAUAGUCACGAAACAGGAGGCUGUGGUGUCGGUGAAGCAAGUCAAGAUCGAAGAAACCGGCGAUCGCCCGAAAUGGGGAAACAAAGUGGAGUUUAUGUUGGCGACAAUUGGCUUUGCGGUUGGUUUGGGGAAUGUUUGGCGCUUUCCUUAUCUUUGUCAGAAGAACGGAGGAGGAGCAUUCCUCAUCCCAUACACCAUCAGUCUGGCACUCAUUGGGAUCCCACUCUUUUUCCUUGAACUUGGUAUAGGCCAAAGUGUUAGGCAGGGAUCCAUCGGAGUGUGGAACUACAUCCACCCCUACCUUGGAGGGGUGGGGUAUGCUUCGGUCAUUGUCUGCCUCCUGGUCGGCAUGUACUACAACAUGAUCAUCGCAUGGUGUUUCUACUACUUGUUUGCCUCAUGGCAAACUCCCCUUCCCUACGAACACUGCCCUAAAGUUGACACAGGCAAUGGCUCCUUGAUUGAUUUACCAGCAUGUGAGAUGGCUGGCCGGACACAGUACUACUGGUACAAGGAAGCCAUCACUGUGUCUAGAAGCAUUGAAGAGAGUGGCGGCAUUGCAUGGCAUCUUGCCCUCUCUUUGUUGCUUGCAUGGGUUGUGGUGUGGCUUUGCCUUAUGAGGGGUAUCCAGUCGGCAGGAAAAGCUGUUUACUUUACAGCUACCUUUCCCUACGUUGUUCUGAUCAUUUUCUUUUUCCGUGGAGUUACAUUGGAUGGUUGCUGGGAUGGAAUAAAGCACAUGUUCUACCCACAGUGGGAAAUGCUUGCCAGCCCUCAAGUCUGGCUAGAGGCCGCCACACAGAUCUUCUUUUCCCUUAGUCUUGCCUUUGGAGGGUUGAUCGCCAUGUCCAGCUACAAUCCUGUCAACAACAACUGCCAUCGUGAUGCCAUCAUGGUGUCUAUCAUCAACUGUGGCACUUCUGUAUUUGCAGGCAUAGUUAUAUUCUCCAUUCUUGGCUUCAAGGCACAUACACAGAUGACAGAUUGCCACAAAAUGUAUGGCCCCAAUGGUACAUUUAGCCUGGGAAAUUUCACUUUGGACGAGAAGUGCCACAACAUGACCUACUGGCUUUCAGAGUCUGGCUCUGGCCCUGGGUUGACCUUCAUUGCGUUCACGGAAGCCAUUCUCCAGAUCCCCGUGUCACCUCUCUGGGCAACCUUGUUCUUCUGCAUGUUGCUCACUCUUGGCUUGGGAUCCAUGUUUGGGACUCUUGAGGGAGUCAUCACUCCUGUGUAUGACAUGAAAAUCGUACCCUGGAGAAAAGAGUUUGUUACUGCUGCCAUUUGCGCAUUCUCCUACCUAAUUGGGCUGCUGUUCUGCCAGAGGUCAGGCGAGUACUGGCUACAGAUGUUCGACACCUACGCUGGAACCAUCCCCCUGCUCAUCAUCGGGCUCUUUGAGCUUGUCGGAGUUGCCUGGAUUUAUGGCAUUAAAAGGUUUGAAGAUGAUCUGGAGUACAUGCUAAAGAUGCGGCCCAGCAAGUACUUCACUAUCUGCUGGAAAUAUGUCUCCCCGAUACUCGUCAUCCUCCUUCUAGGUGCUAGUCUGAUCAACAUGGGAUUGCAGCCGAUCAAAUACUCUACUUGGAACUUUGCCAAGGCCGUUGAGGAGAAACUGGAUUACCCGCCGUGGGGAUACGCCAUGAUCGCCCUCCUCAUCUGCUCCUCCUUCCUGUUCAUCCCCGGCAUCUUCCUGCUGAGGAGGUUCAGGAUUAUCAAGUACGAGGGCAAGGACUACGGCAAGGCCUCUGGUCAGGAGGACAUUGCACCUGGCGCCAUCACCCCAUCCUUGUCACGCAUUCCUCUUCCUCCCUCAGAGAUCCCCCUCGCCGGUAGAGCUUCUAACAGCGAAAUAAUUGCAUAGUGCUAAUGUUUUAUCUGCUGAUAAACUCCUAACCGUUAUCCACUGCAGAAAGAGAGAGCUGGGUGUCGCUGUUUUACUUUUUAAAGCCCCAAGUACGUUGGUGGUUUACUGGUGUCAUUUAUCUAGCUCUCUCUUUUUAGAAGAUAAUGGUUAGGGGUUUAUCAGCUGUUGUGAGCCACUUUGCACCUAACUCCAUCUGGGAUGCAUCUUUGGAGAGGACCUUUGAUAAGACUCUAAUUCGAUCUCUUUCCCCGGUCAAAAGUAACUUGCAAGUGGUUCCUAAAAACAACAACAAAACAAAAAGGUAAAAAAAAAAACAUAUAUAUAUGUAUAUAGAAGUCCCUCUGUGACAUCAUCAUCAUCAGAGAGCGGCAGUUAAAAUGGCGCCGGGUUUGAAGGAACAGAUUUGACCAGCCCCCCGCCAAGCUUGAUGUCCCUCAGAAAGCUUGGCCGAGAGAUGUUUGAUCAGGAGAUGAUCCCAUUCCUAGAUAGACCAAGUACAUGUUGGUAGGUGGCAUUACUCGUGUUUUGUGUUGGUUGACGCCGGCUGCACCGUGCCAAUCGGUAAGGACUGGCGGGUCCAAAGGUGCUUGUGAAUAAUGUCGCUUGUGUGGAAGUCAGCCAUCACCUUGAUUCAUUUGCAAGGUGUCAUCUCCUUUGAGUACCACAACGCCAGCCGCUUGUUAACACCCCUCUCUCUGUACGUGAUCCCUAUUUGUGUAUGAUCCGCACUUGAGGAGGCUGUUGGACUCAGAUAUUGUCGCACAGAGCACAAAAUUAGCCAUACGUGCCGCCGCCGCUCUCAGUUACGACUGCUACGCGGUCGUAGCGGAGUCGGCCGUUGCCACCUUGAACCUCCCACGGCCCUGGCGGUCCUAGGCAUACAGAGGACGUCUCGUCGUAUUAUGCGGUAACCCCAUGCUCUGUGCGUGUGUUUUUGUUGUUGUUGAGGGCCUGGCGCCUGAUUUUUUUGUCAUUUAUUUAAGCGUCCGUAAUUAGUGGCAAGCAUAUUUUUGUACAAAAAUCGUAUUAAUAUUUUAAACCUAAAUAGCGUGCUUUUCAUAUGCUUCCCCUAAUGCAUUUCAAACAAAUUUAUUCUAUCAUAACGGCAUUGGUGAGCGGUACAUGCAAAGAACGCUGCGUUUAGGCGUUGCUUCAGUGACCGGAAAAUGCACCAAUUUAAGUUAAUACUUUAUUUAAUGUAGACUAAUAGUUAUGAAGAUAAUUUGUAACAGUUGUUUUCUGUUCUUCUCUAUAACGUGCGCUUUUGCGUGUUAAAUGGAAGCGAAGGGCUCAGUUCAUCCCGAAGGGUAGAUAUGUCCAAGUUUGCGCUUCCCCAAGGGACUCUAGCGACCCAUGUUCGGGAAGUCCGACGUUGCGGUUGGUGUGAGGGCAGGGGGGGGGGGGGGGGGAGGAACGUCGAAAUACCCUUCCCUCUUACGACUGCGGUGCCUAAGAACCCCUGAAAAUAUUUGCGAUCAAUAAAAAGGUGUUCGAGGAUGUACUGAGUCUUGCGCUUGCGGUUUGCAGAGAGAUCUACUUUAAUAGCCAUUGCUCUACGGUGACAAGGGCGCUCUGCGACGAGCGCCUACUUCUUAAUUUUCAUGUACCUGCUCGCGCAUACAUUGGCUCCAUAUAUGUAAAUAAAUUGGUAAUGUCGCUGGACAGGUGCCAUUGUCCAGGUCUGCAACAACAAGCAGGCACUUAGGAAAUACGGAUUUGACUUAACGGUUUAUUAGGGUUGGUCAGUUAUUUUAUGAUGUCAAUAGUUUUGACAUGAGGUCUAAAGUCAAAGGCUGCGUAUCAAUGUAAAGUGUUCUCAAUAUCAGUAGCGUUAUUAUUUCUGGGUAUUAUUUUGUGAUAUUGUCGAAGACAGUCCACUGUCUUUGCCAAGGUUUGGGUUCCAUGGGCUCUGAUAUUGGAUACGUUUGUGGCAGCUCUUCACUUGUACAUAGUUACACUUAUAUUUGUCUUAUUUGAAGUUAAACAAAGAAUUAAGUAAUUCGAUAGUAAAAUUAAUAGCACUGUGUUUACACUUAUAUUUUAGUGUUCCUAAUAUUGUACAGACUUUGUAGGCGGACCCCUUAUUUGAACUCAUAUCAGGGAACCGUUUCACGCUUAGUUGGUUAAGAUCAUGACUAUCCCUUAGAUACGGCUUAUUGUCGAAGAAAAGUUGGUUGAACUCAAAAUAAUUUACUUACCUCGACCAAUUUGGGACCUGUUCUAAAACAGCUUUUCGCAAUCAUUUUACAGCAACCAGAUAUUGGCGUCAGGUAUAGUUUUCGGGUAACUAAAAAUCGGAAUAAAAUGAUUGAGAACUGCUUUGUUAAAUAGUGCUGCUUUUCGUUUAUAAAUAGCUUUAAAGCGUGAGAAAUAUAUAUAUUUAUGGUGUGGGUUUAAACCCAUCGAACGCUCGCUGUUAACACUUGCUGUAUUUCUAUGGAGUAGUUUUGUAGAUAAGGGUAGAUAACUACACAAAGAUUAAUUAGUAAUUACGUUAAAACUUAUUGUGAAAUGAUUGUCGAAAUAAACAUUGAAAUCAAACUUC